GGUCAAAGUUCAUUUGUUUUUUCCCGGGAAAACGACCUGACGUUCUAACCACAUGACCUCGUGUGUAUUUUAUAUUUAAAUCAGAUAUCUGGCCCCGCGUGUACGUGAGAGCCAUGGAGAAGAUAACAGAGAAGAUACUGCUGGAGAAAAGCUCUCCAAAGACAAACAAACUGGACCAGAUCAAGACCCUCAAUCUCUCACGCAUGGGUCUGAAGAGCGAGGAUCUGCCCGUCCCUCUGCUGUCUAAACUGUGUAGUCUAGAGCAGUUGGAUUUGUCUGGGAACUUGUUGCAGGAGAUUCCCAAAGGCCUCUGUCUACCCUGCCUGAAGAUCCUGAACUGCUCCAACAACGAUAUGGAGGAUGUGACAUCACUGGAAGCCCUGAGAAACAUCGAAGAACUUAGACUAGAGGACAACCUCUACCUCACCGUCAAUGAUGAACACAAAGUGAUCUACCUGUUACCUAAACUGAGGAUGUUCAAUGGGAAGGAUAUCAGCUCUACGGCCCAUCAUAUUCGCCAUGGCAGCACUGAGAUCCUCAGGAAGAGGGUGAUUGGUUUGUGGGAACGAAGCUUCAGUCUCCCUGAUCCCGUUACGGCACAGAGUCUGGCUGCUGUCGAGAAGAGUUUCGUCAACGCUGCCAACAGGCAAAUCAAAUACGGCCCCAGUUCCUUGAGUGAUUACACAAAGUUUAGGCUUGAAAUGAUUGCAAAGGAAUAUUUGAAGUCACUGGCCUGCAGUGAAGAAGGAAGCAAAGUCCAAGACGUUACUCCAACAAAGGAGAUUGAGACUCCUACAGAGAGAAAGACUCGGGAUCUUGGUGGUAACAGUAUCACGAGUCCUCAGAAAAGAACCCGAAACAACACUGAGGUGUCUGCAGAGGCCAGUCCACGAAAGUCAAAUCGCUUGGCGAGUGCAGCUCCGGCUGAGGCUAGUCCACGAACAUCCACUCGAGUGCUGAGCACUCCACAGAAAACUGACCCGAUAUUGUCCAGCCCCAGAAAGCAUGCCAGAAUGACCAGCAAGGACACUCCAGAGGGAAGUCCAAGGAAAUCAAGCCGCCUGGAAAAUAUUUUGCAGAAAGUUGUUAGCAAAACUGAAAGCCCCAGAAAAGCCUCUAAGAGGCCAGACAUCUCUACGCCCACAUCACGGCCGGCGAAACGGGAGAGUCCGAUGAAAACAGCUAAAGAUCAGACUACAGCUCAACAAAGCAAACAGACCACUGCCAACACACCUCGCAAAACUACCAGAACCAAACUCCAUGUUCCUCAGGAGCCGGUGAGUCUGCGGCCGUUCCAUGUCCUGCAGUGUCACAGUCGACAGGACAGUCCAGACGACUUCAGCACGCAGCUUUGGGCCUGUGCUUUUGAGCCCCCGCAGGAAUGCAGUGGUGGGGAUAUAAGAGAUGGGUCUCGGACAGUUGCCACAUGUGGAGGGGAAACUUUGUGUGUGAUUGACUGUGAAUCAGGACAUGUGCUGAAGAAAUACAAGGUUCCUGGUGAGGAGUUCUUCUCACUAGCAUGGUCCACGGUGCUGAUGUCCAGGACAGGAGGCUCUACCCGACCCUGUAAUAUCCUGGCUGCUGGAGGAAAAAGGGGUCUUGUAAAGCUCAUCCAUCCCAGAGUCAACCUGGCGUUCGGAGAGUUUCGCGGCAGUCGUCGUGCCAUUUCCAUUAUGCGCUUCAGUCCACGCAACGCUAGCUUUCUCUUCACUGGAACGUAUGAAAAUAAGAUCUUUUUGUGGGACAUUGGUGGACUGGAUCGUAAUUACAACUUUAAAAUCAGUAAGCUGCUGGUCCUGGAGACGUGCUCCACUCCUCUGCAUGUCUCUCUGCUCCCCGCGUCUCCAGACACACACCUUCUCUCGGCCUGUGAUGACGGGCUGUAUGUGUUCGACAUCCAGCUCAGUAAAAACACACAGAAGAGAAAUGAGGAGAUGGAGGUUGUGUUUCCAAUUUACAAGAAAAACGACAAGAAAAACACCUACCGGACAAUUGACGGACUGAGCUUCCUCUCAGAUGAUAUAGUGGCGUCCAAGAGCCACAUGCAGGGCUCUAUCUAUCUGUGGAGCUGGAGAGCUACACGGGCAUCUUGGAAUGGCAAAAAGAAAGAGGUGGCAGCUGUUGUUCUGGCAGAGCUGCAGUGGUCCAGCACUGAGAUCCCAUACCUGUCUCUAGGCACCUGUCCAGGUUAUGGUUAUGUUGUGUGUGGGGAUGAUCAAGGCAGACUAUGGAUGUACCAUAUCACAGACACCAUGAUGGAAAACUUCAAGAGUGGAAAAACGAUUUCAGCCACUGAGGUGCUGGAGUGGCCGUCACCGGUUCGAGCUGGAAAGGGUGCAUUAGAGGGGCCUUCUAUUAACAGCAUUGCCAUGGAUCCUGAUCUACAUUACUUAGUUGCCCUUACUGACAAGAAUAUGGCUGUGGUUUGGAAGAGAGAGAAUCACUGAGAAAAAGAGAUGUUCAGUUGCUGGCAGUAUUUCUCCUUAUUGCUUUGCAUUUCUGAACCCGACUUGAAUUGAGAUCAUGAUUGUUUGAGGAGAGCAGGAGUU